AUGCCGCCAACUCUCAAACGUCUAGCCACUGAGGAUGGAAGCGUCUCGCCCCCACCAUUAAAGCGCACAGCACCCUCAACCAGUACAACCACAACUGUUGCCAAUUUCUUCAAGCCUGCCUCACAGAAGGAUCCUGAANAAGUGACAUGGAAAGUCAUCGAGAACACAUUACUGUAUUGCAAAUACGACAAAGCCGAUAGCUCUACCGCAAACAGACCACGUAAAAUUGCAGCCUUCGAUUUCCUGAAGAAGGCUAUUCUCAGCAACCAAGCCGGUAUCAGCAUGAACAGUGCUUCUAAGACAGUCAACUCAGACAAGAAGAGACUUGCCGACUUCAAGCAGAGAGUCAAGAAUGUCCUAAUUCAGCUCGACUUGCCUAUUGUCCUCUAUGCCGCCACCGACAAAGACAAGUUCCGCAAACCACGCACAGGAAUGUGGGACAAGCUGCUAGAGGCACAAGCANGAGAUCUGGCCAGCAAUGUCGGCAUUAAGUUCAUGACUCCAGAAGAGUUCUUCCUUGGAGAAGAUCCUCGUCCUUACACUCGCACAUUCGACCCUUCAGCACAUGUGUCACCACUUUUGACGAGCAACACGGACGCAAGUAUGUAUUCGGCAUGCCUUCACCAAAAGAACGAACUCGAGCUUGUCAUCUUCUGCGGAAGUCCUGGUGCAGGAAAGUCUACUUGGUUCCAACAACAUCUCAAGCCACUUGGAUAUGAACGCGUGAACCAGGAUCUGCUCAAAUCUGCUCGCGAGUACUGGACCAAGCUGGCGGAGUCGCUCCAGAUCCCCAUCCGAUGCGUGCACUUCACAGCCCCCUCCAAGCUGUGUGAACACAACGAUGCGGUUCGGUCCAUCGGAGGCCAACAAUUAGGGGCCUUUACUGGGUUCGCAGCCAGAUAUAGCCCUCCUACCCUAGAUGAGGGCUUCACGGAUAUCACCAAAGUCGAUUUUGAGUUCUCCGGUACAGAGGAGCAGAAGACCGCAUGGUCGAAGUUCUGGGUUUGA